GCCUAUGUCAGUUGGGAACUUGAUACUUUGUAUGUUGCCGAUCCUAAGUAUGAAUGGAUCAAUCGGGGACUUCCCAAUAAGCAAUUAAUUCUCUACAGUACGUCAAAUUCCGGCUUUAUUUUAUAUUCCUCCUAGCAGUGAAGAUCUUCCGAAUCAUCCCCGAGAGCCGCUCAUUAAAGAAUGAGUGAAUCAACUUCUUUAGAUGAAUUCUUUGGCCCCUACGCAUACUGAUUUGUUUACAGAAGAAUUGGCAAAGCUUAAGAAGAUUCGAUCUCUCGCCAUCAAUCCAGACGUUGCACUCCGAGGUGCAGUAGCCGCCUGGACUGAGUUUAGGGUGUGGGUCGAUAAUCACAUCGAAGACUUGAUUGUUUACUUGGACAAAGAUGUCACACUUGUACACAAUCAUAAUCCACCUCCCGUCAUCUACGACCCUGACAAUGCUGUCCGUAUCCAUCCUACUCGAUAUGGAAAUAAUACGGAGACAAAGGAAAUGUUGAAGGCUAUAAGAAUGAAUCCACGCGAUGUCGAUUCCUACUCUGCAUUAAUGUGCGAAGUUUUGAUGGAAAUUUUGCGUCUAGAAAAUAUGUUUGAGGACGGGGACUUGCAAACAGACCAUGCAAACUGGAAACCGCCGACGCCGAAGUUUAUGGUUAUGGCAACGUCUCCGUCCGCAACCUAAACAAUCGGGUACCAUAAGCAACGUUUAAUGACUGAAGGAUGUACUGGGAAUGGAGCAUAUUGAGGGAGACACAAGCGCAUGGAGUUGAGAGUAGCAAAGUGAGGAUUGGGAUCAAGG